AUGUCAUACAACACGAGGAACCGUGGUAUGCGACAAGGAGAACCUGACGACCCAAUGGACGAGCAGCGAGAGGAUACCGGAGCGGAGAAGGACUUUCGCCCGGACGUGCAGGAGUCUGCGACCGAGGAUGCCCCCUCAGUCGGAGAAGCCCCUGACACGAUCCUUGGCCCGGAGCAGGUGAACCUUGAGGACGCUCAAGCAGAAACCCCGGAGAAUGCCACCAUGAUGGGAAGCACAAGGAAACUAGAAGAGGUUAAGGCCCUUCUACAGUACCAAAGGGAAGCAGCAGCUGCCCAGAGGGAGAUAGACGAACUCGAGGCAGAGGCCGCGGAGCGAGAAAAUGCACGCAUUGCCCGCCAGAGAGAGAGGUCAGAGGCUCAAGGACAUAUGUCCAUGCCAAUCAGGUCCAGGACAUCUUCCCUAGCACCUACCAUUAGUACUCAGCCACAGCAAGACCAGGAGCUAGGUGACGUGCCAAUGCUAGACGCAGAAGCAGCGUGGAACAAACCUAAGCCGGUUGACCCUGAGGGGAAAGUGCCAGCAACGCCGAAGCACAUUAAACCGUUUGCCGCAAGUAGUACGGAAGAAUGGGAUCUGUUCGAAAGUGGGUUGGAUAUCCAUUUCGAGCAGCAUGCCGCCUACUAUAAGCAGGAGCAUAAACGGGUGCUACAAGCGUCAACGCACCUUGCGGAGAAGAAGGACCCAGAACGUAAGUUCACUUGGAAGGAGUUCAGCGACUGGUGUCACAAUCUCAUCGCGGACCCUGUGACACGCCAUACGUCUAUGUUGAGACAGUGGCAUACGACCCAGCAGAGGUACGAUCAGUCGGUAAUGGAGUGUUCAGCUCACCUGACAAAUAUCCACGCCUCUCUAUUAGUACAGCCAGACGAGUACUGGCGUACACAGAAGCUAGCGAUGUCAGUAGUGAAAGAACUACAGGACGAACUCGUGGACCACCCGGUAAAGGGGGACACAUACGAAGCAAUGCUACAGCACCUUCAAUAUUUAGAAUCACGUCUCCCAGCGAGGAAGACAGCCAUGAAGAGAGGCAGAUUCAGCAAAGACCCAAAGGAGAACAUGCAGUUCAAGGGCGCAGAAAGAAACCACCACGCCAAAGGACAGGCACGUGCAGGCAGGUUUUCAACCCCACACGCUUCGAGGCAGGGGGCGAAACGCAAGCACGACGGGCAGGAGCUCAGGUGUUUCAUCUGUAAUAAGCCGGGGCACUAUGCGUCAGAAUGCCGCUCGAAGCAGGCAGAUGUAAAUACAGCACUGGGUGUCAACCCCGAAAAGCAGCGGACCACGGGUCCAGCACUAGCGGUAGAAGCAGAGGUCUUCCUUUCGAGGAAGAGCAGUCGAACAGCACUAGCACUGAUAGAUUGCGGGGCGCAGAAAAGCUUUAUCAGCCAAAAAUGGGCAAAGGAGAAUCUGCAGGAGGACCCCUCUGUACCGAGAACUGUAGAGGCGAUCGAUGGACACCGAAUACAGUCGUAUGGGUCCCGGAGGAUCACACUCGAACUCGCAGAUAGCGAGGGCAAUAAGAAGAAGCACACAGGAAUCUUCGAAGCAGUCGAUAUGCAGGGUUUUGACCUCAUACUGGGAUACGACUGGUUACAGUUGGUAAACCCGGAGAUAGACUGGAGAACGGAGACGUGGAGCUUCCGUGCCAGUAAGGGCACGCCCCGGACGGAAGAACUAUCCGCCGAGGAGGCAAUGGGAGAGAUCCUAGGAGGAACCCCUUGCUCUCUCGGGUAA